AUGAGCUACAAUGCUACCAAUCCACCUCCGGGCAUCGAUCCCGAUACCUGGAACAAGCUGCUUCACAUCAGAGAAGGCUGCUAUCCGCAUCUUGUGCCCGGCGUCAGAACAGACUAUGGCUACCGCCCGACAUUGGCGGCAGGUAUUGUCUUCUGUGCCCUCUUUGGCAUAGCUUUGAUUGGGCACACUAUUCAGAUCGGCCGGUUCAGAAGAUGGACGUCCGUUCUGUUUGCCAUCGGCGCAACGACCGAAGCCAUAGGGUGGGCCGGACGCACCUGGUCAGCCAAGUGCCCCUACAACCACGAUGCCUUCCUGAUGCAGAUCACGACGCUCAUCAUCGCGCCGACCUUCUUCGCCGCGGGCCUGUACGUGCUGCUCGGCACGCUGAUCACGCAGCUGGGCCGUGAGACGAGCGCCCUGUCGCCGGCCAUGUACGCCAUCGUCUUCUGCACGUGCGACGUGAUCUCGCUCGUCGUGCAGGCCGUGGGCGGCGCCCUCGCCUCCAACGAGUCCGGCAAGAUUGACGGCAACACCAAGCCCGGCACCAACAUCAUGGUCGCCGGCAUCGCCUUCCAGCUCGCCACCAUGACGCUCUUCGCCGGCCUCGUGCUGGAUUUCCUGCGCCGCGUCCGAAGGCGCGUGCUGCCCCGCGCGGUGAAGCUCGUGCUGCUUGCUCUGGCUGUGUCGUUUGUCAUGAUUUACAUUCGCAGCAUCUACCGAACGGUCGAGCUGGCUCAGGGCUGGACCGGCUAUCUGAUUGAGAGGGAGGGCUUCUUCAUCGGACUGGACGCCGCGCUCAUGUUUGUAGCUGUUGGCGUCUUCCUUAUCUUCGACCCUGCCUCUUUGCUGCGUCGCCAGCCAGUUCCGCAGUCAACGGAUAGUGCGCCUUCUGGAGACGAGGGCAAAGCAUCCGCUACGAGGUCAUCUGAUUAG